UGAGGGGAGCGGAGCCGGGAGUGGUAGGGGGGGGAUUUGCGGGGCGCUGCUGGCAAGAUGGUGUCGCUGCUGCCGCGCAUCGAGCGGCUUUCGUCGCGGGUGGUGCGGGUGCUGGGCUGUAACCCGGGGCCCAUGACUCUGCAGGGCACGAACACCUACCUGGCGGGCACCGGGGCCAGAAGAGUCCUUAUUGACACUGGGGAGCCAGCUACUCCUGAAUAUAUUGGCUGUCUAAAGCAGGCACUGUCUGAGUUCAACAUCUCAAUUCAAGAAAUUUUAGUGACACACUGGCAUCGUGAUCAUACUGGUGGAAUACCUGAUAUCUGCAAAAACUUCCCUAAUGACUCUGAAUAUCGCAUCAGUAAGCUUCCUCGUGUCCCUGACCGUGAAGAAAUAAUAGAAGGAGGACAUAAAUACUUUUAUCUCAAAGAGGGAGAUGUGAUACAGACAGAGGGAGCCACACUCAGAGUUUUAUAUACACCUGGACACACUGAUGAUCAUAUGUCUUUACAUCUAGAAGAAGAAAAUGCUGUAUUUACUGGUGACUGUAUUUUAGGGGAAGGAACAACAGUAAUUGAAGACCUGUAUGAUUACAUGAAAACUUUGAAAAGGUUGUUACAAAUGAAACUAGAUUUAAUAUAUCCAGGUCAUGGCCCAGUAGUACGUGAUGCAAAUGCUAGAAUCCAAGGCUACAUUUCUCACCGAAUGGCACGUGAACAGCAAAUUCUAAAUGUUUUCCAGAAGAAUGCUGGAAAAUCAUAUACAUCCUCGGAGCUUGUAAAGAUAGUAUACAAGGAGAUCCCUGAGAAUUUACUUCUAGCAGCAGAAAAUAACCUCCUUGUCCACUUGAGGAAGUUGGAAAAAGAAGGAAAAGUGUUACAUGAGGCAUCUCCCAACUUCAGAUGGAGAAACAAUUUAUAA